CCUCCUUUUGAGCUCUGUGGACUGGGGAUAAGAGAGGCCCAGGGCAGCCCAGCCCGGGCUCUGUGGUCUAGGAAGGGCGUGUGUCACCAUGGCCUGGAUCCCCGUCCUCGCCGUGCUCCUCUGCCACUGCACAGGUUCCCUGUCCCAGCCUGUCGUGACUCAGCCAGCCUCCCUCUCUGCAUCUCUGGGAACAACAGCCAGACUCACCUGCACCCUGAGCAGGGACAUCAAUGUUGGAGGCUACUACAUAUACUGGUACCAACAGAAUCCAGGGAGCCCUCCCCGGUAUCUCCUGUACUACUACUCAGACUCAGAUAAGCACCAGGGCCCCGGGGUCCCCAGCCGCUUCUCUGGGUCCAAAGAUGCCUCGGCCAAUGCAGGGCUUCUGCUCAUCUCUGGGCUGCAGCCUGAGGACGAGGCUGACUAUUACUGUGCAAUCUGGCUCAGUAGUGCUGGUAUUGUGUUCGGCGGAGGGACCCAUCUGACCGUCCUCGGUCAGCCCAAGUCGGCCCCCUCGGUCACACUCUUCCCACCCUCCAAUGAGGAGCUCAGUGCCAACAAGGCCACCCUGGUGUGCCUCAUCAGUGACUUCUACCCCAGUGGCUUGACGGUGGCCUGGAAGGCAGACGGCAACCUUGUCACCCAGGGCGUGGAGACCACCAAGCCCUCCAAACAGAGCAACAACAAGUACGCGGCCAGCAGCUACCUGAGCCUGUCACCUGACCAGUGGAAAUCUAGAAGCAGCUACACCUGCCAGGUCAUGCAUGAGGGGAGCACCUGGAGAAGAGAGUGGUCCCUGCAGAGUGCUCUUAGGUCACAAGACCCCCACCCACCCAAUGAGGCCUAGAGCCACAGGACCUCCAGGAGGGACUUCCCUGAGACCAGGAUCAUCCCAGCCUUUCUGCCAGCACCCAAUCAAUGCUCAAUAAAUUGCUUUAUUCAGUCAUAAA